ACGAUCCGUUUGGGGUAACGUCCACGGGAAUUUCGGUUUUAAAUAGAAUUAAGGGAGUUCUUUGGCACUCGGAGUCGAUUGUUUUCGGUUCAUCGAUUCGAUUUUUCAUCAGUGGACAUUGUCAGCCGGUUGGGGAGUGUGGGACGCGUGAGUAACGGACCCCCAGAUAUUGGCGAUUGAAAACUGGUUGAAGUAAAAAAAAAAUUGGAUAAUUAGUCGUAGGGUGUGGAGAGGUAUUUAGUUGGAUUUGUGUGAAAUAUUUGGGACCUGGGGUAGGAUGGACCGAGGUACUGGGGGUAAAAGCUCCAAGGAGUCACAGUCGGUUGAUGAGAAAAAUUACACGAGGAGGUUAAAGGGGAGUUAUUCGAGUCAGAAGAUUCCGGAGGCCAACAUCAAACAAUCUGAAAUAUCGAGGGCAAAGACCGUUGGAGUUGCCAAGAAAACGGGAGCUACUGGGCUAGUACUUCCUAAAAACGCAAAGAGUAAACUACGGAGUCCUACGCAUCAGAGGUCAUUAUCCACAAGCUUCAAGCCCCGAGUAAAUCCCCACCAACCGUCAAAAUCCGAGAGACGUAGUCACCAGGAGCAGAGCAAACAAAAGUCCACAAUGAAGGUCCAACAAGAUUCAGCAGAAGCAAUACCCCAAUCAAAGAAAAAGGACUCAAAGCCAAAGUCAAAGCCUGACGAUAAUCUUCCAGACAUCAAAGAGACUCCCUCAGCCUCAUCAGACACAAACGGAAAAAGCUCCGACACCGCUGAACCCCCAAAAGAUAACGGAAAACAGACAGACGAUGGACAACCCCAACAACCAGAUGUACAAGAGCCAAAGGAGAUAAUUAUCUUCGAAACUGAGAGUACAAACAGUGAAAUCGUCGACCUGGUGGAGAUAUCCGAUGAUUCCCUCGUAUUGGAGCUCAGCGAAAAGCCUGAGGAUACCCUGGAUAAGGAAGAGCCCUUAAUUACCUCAGAUAAAAAACAAUCAGAAGUCUCCAACAACGAGGCUAAUCCAGCGGACGUUCUCGUGGAAUCAACGACAUCAGAGACUUCUCCAUCGGACCUAAAAUCCCAGGAAAAUCCAUCAGACAGUAAUGGAGAUCAGGUGAAGCCUCAGGAUGAUCCAUCAUUCGUGUCCUACGAUGCUGCGAUAAUGUUGAAAGACGUUCAGAUAAAAUUGAACGACUGUUUGAGGGACAACUCGAAGCUGAUGGAUGUGACGGAUCCCAAUGCCAGCGUUUCGGAAGCUUUUAAGGACCUGUCCUUUGGCAGAACUCUCCGAGGAAUAUCUGGGAGGAAUUCUAUUGGUCGUAUGAGGCAUGUCACCGUCAGGGAUCGUCAACGUACACCCAAUGACUCGUUGUUUGUGAAUACGAGCAGUGCAUCGUUCUCGCAGAAUGAUGCACUUCGUUUUACAUCAGGAUUUUUGGAAUCAUCGAGUCCUAAUGGGACACCUCUUGAUCGUAAACGUAAGCGAGAGGCUCAGGGCAGUGAUUCGGUGAAGAAACCGAGGUACGAGGGCAACUCGAUAUUAAAUACUUCGUUGGAGUACAUCAAGAAUCUUCGGAGGCCUGUUCAGGUGUCAACGCCAAAUCCCAAAGGAUUUAAAUUUGAUAUUGGGGAGAAGAUGGAGGGUAGUGAGAGUACUACAGGAGUUGAUAGCACUGGUGAAGCGAAAAAAUGGUGUGUCGUUAUGUGAAGGGUAUUCACGAUAUAUUUGAAUUGUUCAGCCUUUCAUUUAUCUUUGUAGGGUUAAGAUGUUCAGAUGAGAAAGUACAGAUUAUUUUUGGAUAAUCCAUUUUAAUGAUACAUGACUUAUAAACAGUACCUAUAUACACAGACUAGGGGGUAAGGAAUUUCCUGACUGCAAUUAACAGGUUAAUGAAUUCAGUUUUUUUUUUUGGGAUGAAAUAUUAGUAUUUUGACGUGAAAUAUACUCAGAGGGGCCUUUCUUUGCCAAAUGUAGGGGAAACAGAUACAAGAUUUGUAUGGAACAUUAUUACUUGCUUGUAGAGAGUAUUUGUCAUUUAUUAUUUUAUCAAUUUGACGAUAUUAUCUGUGACUGAUAGCAGUUUAUUCGUUAGUUUAGAUUUUUCAUUUAUUGGUUUUUUUACUCCACGAAACAGAAUGAAUCAAGAAAUUAAGUGUUAAGAGAAAUAUGAGAAAUGAUGUGUCGAGGUAAAGUACAUGUAAAUAUUCGAGUGAUUUUGAUAUUAUGGUUGAUAAUUGAUGGAUCACUUUGGAAAGUUAUUUAGCUUCCCUUUUAUCCAGAUUAUUUGUAAUAAAUGUUUUUCAAAUGAUAUAUUAUCAUAAAA